UACAGGCAUCUAGGUCCCAUUCUUGGGAGCCGUAGAGAACCGUUUUAAAUUUGUUCUCCUUUAUCGCCCGCGUGCGAUUUUUCCCCCUGAUUAUUCUUUGUUUUAUUGGUCUUUUCUGUUGCAUCUGCCAUCGCCUGCUUCCUUCUAUUAAGUCGAUUUUGCCAUGGCUCCUGUCGCUCAAGGCGACAUCGAAAUGGACAGCCAUACUUCGGACAUGGCCAGCCAGGACUCUCCGCUGCGCCGGCAAUUCUCCGAGCCACUCCAUGGCCAUUCUGCGUCCACACAGGCGUCACCACCUCCUUCUCCUAUGACGCAUAAGUCGAAAUGUGGCUGGUGUGGUCAGUAUUUUGAAUCGGUUGAUAACGACCCCGUGUCUCAUACAGAUGCUUUGAAAGCACACAUUGCCUCCGCGCAUUCGCAAAUCGCCAGAGAGUCCACGUAUAACGAGGCUGUCAAUGGAGAUCAAUCUUAUGAUACUGACGAGCUGCUCGACGCCGGAGAUGACGAAGACAAUGCUGCACUCGAUGAUCAAACGGGAGACGUAGAAGCAGCUGAAGCUGAAGCAGAAGAUGAAGAAGAGGAGGCUGUCGAGGCCACAGAAAAUGGCCUCGUCGAAGGUGUCGAACCCCCCGAAACUUACGAAAACGAAAACGAUCAGAAUGACAUCGAUGAAGAGGAGGCCGAUGCUGAAGGUGACGGUGAAGGCCACGAAGGAGAAUCUGAUCUUGCACUAUCCAACCAACUUCAUGAGUUCUCCCGCGAACAAGAUUCAGUCACCUUGGAGAAGCGUCUGCACAAUCUUUGGAACAUCCAUGAUGUCCGCAAAUUCUCUGCAGACUACGACGAUAAGUAUGCCGGCCUGGAGAAAACCUGGGAACAUGUUUUUGACGAUGCGAAACGCUCCAAAAAACGCGACUCAUUUGAUUCUUUUGCCCGUCCUGAACCAUACACGAAGUCCAAGGUGGCGCGAGGAGAAUUUCUGGAGAUGACUCCUCUGGAAGAUCUUCUGGCCCAGCUUCGUGACGCAGAGACACGUGCUCCCGAUGAGCUUUACGCCAUCACUGAGAAUGUGGCUUAUGUGUUGAAAGCAUGGCAGGACGAGUAUCUGGCAAUUGAAAAACUUCACAAGGUUGCCACUCGUCACAAUGUAAAGCAAACAAGUGGGCCCCGAAAGCUCGACAGGCGGGAGGUGUUUGAAGACAAGAAGGAGGCGAUGCUGUACGGAUACAAGCAUGAUCCCAAGGAAGAUAAGGUUGGCAACCAGAACCCGUUCGUCCAGGGUGGGUUCAAACCAACGCCAGCGCAAGCCAGAAAAAUCAUUGCCAAAUCGAGUCCUAGCAUGCCGAAUCCCGAUGGCUGGCCGACAGUCUCUAAGUUCGGCGUGGAGCAUGUGCCCAAAUUUCAAAAUCCCCCGCGCGAGGAUUUCGUGGGCAAGGCUACUCGCAAGCGCAAGGCCGCCGAGAUGGAAGCCGCCAAAGCCAACGAGACCGACGAGGCCCCCGCCGAGUCUCCUGCUCUUGCAGAUGCCGAUGCGGACAACGCAGGAAGGCGACGCACCCGCACCCGCCGUUCGGCCGCCGAGGCCGAGUUCCAACCACCGGCGCCGAUGCGAGGAUCUGGCCGCGGCCGUGGAAGAGGUCGCGGCCGGGGAGGAGCCCGCAUGGGCUCUCGCGCGGGCUCUGAGACUCCUCAGUCCGAAUUUGCCGCGAGUCCAGCCCGUGCAUCCGGUCGAACCGGUCGCGAAGGGACGGCUCCAACGUCUGGGCUGCUGCAGGCACGCACUGCAACGUCCCAGCUGGCCCCGCUUGAACCGGCGCCGAGCGGCGCGCAAGCGCGUGUAUCUCCCGUCGCCACUAUCUCCGCCGCGGAAGGCAGUCUGGACAGUGCCAUGGAUCCGGCGGAGCAGGCUCGACGUGAAAAAAUCGCCAACUCGAAGAAUCCGAAACGUACGGAAGCCAUGUUGAACCACUGGGCUCGAUUCAAUCGUGAAGGGCGAACACGCAAUCCGAAACGGUCGAAAGCCCAGAUUGAGGCUGACCGGGCCGCUGAGGCGGCUAGAAAGGCGAUCGAGCCUCCAAAGAUUGUGGGCAAGAAGAAACGAUUGAGUAGCCCGACGUUUGGCGACUCUCCGAAUACCGACCUUGGUCUCGCUCCGGCACCAACGAUACCACCACCCGCCUCGCUGGCGCCCGGUCCCUCGGGGCCUCACCCUCAACUGGCCCCGAUGCCAGCUCCCCGGGGCUCCAUGGCCCCAUAUGCACCCAUUGACCCCCGGUCUGUGGCGCCCUUCCCUCCCGCUCCUCCGGGACCUCUCCAGCCUCCGCCGCCUCAGCCAUAUCACACCCCUUAUCCCGAUUUCUAUAACUUUUACGGAGCUCCCGCCCCCGGUCUACCUCAUGCAGGUCGCGCCCGGCCCACUUAAAGUGUGUGAUGCGCACCUUGGUAGCGGUCGUUUCUGUUGAUGUGUAUUAUUUUGUUGGAGCCGACCUGAUGCGCGUCGAACCUUUUGUUCAAUCAAUUUUCUGUGUCUGCGGGUUUAUCAGCGUGUUACAUGCU